CGGAGCGGAGCGGGGCUGGCUGAGCCGAGCGGGGCUGGCUGAGCCGAGCCGAGCCGAGGUGAGGUGAUGCUGGCUGAGGAUUGGUGGCACAGCCCUGCUGCCAGGAUCCACCCACCCACUUCUUCCUCCUGCUGCUCUUACUAACCCACUGCCUGGCAGCAGAGCCGAGAUAUGUGCUGGGAUCCUUCCCCGAGCAUCAGAUGGAGAGGAAAACACAGGGUGGAGUCAUCUCUCGCACAAAGGAAAUAUUGAGGUUCUGGGUUGUGCCCAAGCCGAGUGCUGAGAGCAGCCCCUGGAAGCAGUAGCGGGGUGACCGGCGGUCAUGACAACGGAGACAGGCCCUGGUUCGGAGGUGAAGAACGAGCAGGAGGAGGCUCCGCAGCAGCAGCUGGAAGUAGCUACACAAGCCCCCAGGGCUGCCAGCCCCGCCAGCUGGGACGCUGAGAGCAGCGAGAGGUCUGCAGCACAGCCCAAUGCCCGGAACAUGGAGCCAGGUACAGAGAUGGAGGAGAAGGACUACAGCGAGACAGAUGGGCUCUCUGACAAAACAACCCCCAGCAAGACCCAGAAGUCACCCCAGAAAACCACAAAAAAAGUGAAGAGUGCCCUUUGCAGAGUGACUCUGCUUGAUGCCUCUGAGUACGAGUGCGAGGUGGUGAAACAUGCCCGAGGUCAGGUCCUCUUUGACAUGGUGUGUGAGCACCUCAACCUCCUGGAGAAGGACUACUUCGGCCUCACCUUCUGUGACUCGGACAGCCAGAAGAACUGGCUGGACCCCUCCAAGGAGAUCAAGAAGCAGAUCCGCAGUGGGCCCUGGAACUUUGCAUUCACUGUGAAGUUUUACCCUCCAGACCCUGCCCAGCUCACGGAGGACAUUACAAGAUACUACCUGUGCCUGCAGCUCCGUGCAGACAUCAUCACGGGGCGCCUGCCCUGCUCCUUUGUCACCCAUGCCCUGCUGGGCUCCUACGCGGUGCAGGCUGAGCUGGGUGACUAUGAUGCCGAGGAGCAUGUGGGCAACUACAUCAGUGAGCUGCGCUUUGCCCCCAACCAGACACGGGAGCUGGAGGAGCGCAUCAUGGAGCUGCACAAGACCUACCGGGGAAUGACCCCUGGAGAAGCAGAGAUCCACUUCCUGGAGAAUGCCAAGAAGCUCUCCAUGUAUGGGGUGGACCUGCACCAUGCCAAGGACUCAGAGGGCAUUGACAUCAUGCUGGGCGUCUGUGCCAAUGGCCUCCUCAUCUACAGGGACCGGCUGAGGAUCAACCGUUUCGCCUGGCCCAAGAUCCUCAAAAUUUCAUACAAGAGGAGCAACUUCUACAUCAAGAUCCGCCCAGGCGAGUAUGAGCAGUUUGAGAGCACCAUUGGCUUCAAGCUGCCAAACCACCGCUCUGCCAAGCGUCUCUGGAAGGUCUGCAUAGAGCAUCACACCUUCUUCAGGCUGGUGUCCCCGGAGCCACCCCCUAAGGGCUUCCUGGUGAUGGGUUCCAAGUUCCGCUACAGCGGGCGGACGCAGGCGCAGACACGCCAGGCCAGCGCCCUCAUCGACCGCCCAGCCCCCUUCUUUGAGCGCUCCUCCAGCAAACGGUACACCAUGUCCCGCAGCCUUGAUGGAGAGUUCUCGCGCCCAGCCUCUGUCAGUGAGAACCACAGUGCCGGGGCCGAGGGUGAGAAGCAGGAUGAGGAUGGUGAGUUUGGCAGCAGGAGACGGUCUGAAACGGAGGACGAGGAGGUGACCACCCCGACGAAAAUCAAGGAGCUGAAGCCGGAGCAUGAAACAACCCCCAGGCACAAGCAGGAGUUUUUAGACAAGCCGGAAGAUGUUUUGCUAAAGCAUCAGGCCAGCAUCAAUGAGCUGAAACGGACCCUGAAGGAGCCCAACAGCAAGCUGGUUCACAGGGAACGGGACAGGAGGCUGCCUUCCUCACCAGCCUCCUCCUCACCCAAGCAUGAGGAUGAAACACCAAAAGGAACCCCAGAAAAGGCCAGCGAGACGAUGGAAGAGGAUUCCCUAGACGAUUUUGCAUCUGAGCACGGAGCUUCCCUAAGCAUGGAGUCUUUCACGCAGAAAAGCCUUGUCUCCUCUCCUGAGGGCUCGGAGCAUUGGGUAUUUAUAGAGAGAGAAACUCCUAGGCUGGAAGCAGUAGCUCUAAAGAAAGCUCUGGGAGUCAAGAAAGAAGAAGCAUGCGCAGGUACCUCAGAGGUGAAACUGAGCACAAGCAUGUCCAAAGUGGAGAUUGCACUAGGGAAAGCCAAGGAGGUGGCAGGCCAGGAAGAGACAGAAGAUGCAGCCCUGGAUACCCAGAUGAGAGCAAAAAUGAUCGCUAGCCCAGAGGAUUUUGAGUCUUUCUGGGAGGAUGAGAUCCAUGAGGAGACCAGAGGGGAGCCCAGCCAGGAGGCCGAGAACCUGCCAGCUGAGAGCACAGAGGAGGAGCCCCAGGAGCAGGGCAAGGAAGAAACCAGGAGUGAGCCAGGUCUGCCCAAGCCAUGUCAGCAGCCUCCAGAGAGGCAAAGGGCCAAGAUUUUGGGGCCAAAGCCUCCACAGGGAGAAAGUGAGGUGGUCUCCAAGGAGCAUGCUUCUGCAGCCUCCAAGAAGCAGGAGGCCAGAGUGCCAGCUACAGCCACAGAGCUCAUCAAAAUUAAAGUGAAGGCUAGUGACAACAGCUCAGAGACUUCUGCAACCCAGAGGAUCAUCUACUUAGGAGAUCUAGAGGAAGAAGAGGACAGUAAAACACACCUGCUCUUGGAGGCUGGUGGACAGCUUGACUUGGAGGAGAGACCAGAAGCCACUGUGAACAUAUCCAGAGAGGGAUCCAGGCAUGCAGCACCUUCAGCAGAAGGGUUCCAGCCCCCUUCCUCAGCAAGUCAGCAACAUAGGGCAGUGUCUGGAAAACCUGCUGAAGCUCCAGCGCAGCCCAGGACAGGUUGUGAUGGGACCAGCCCAGCAGGACAUCCCACCUCAGAGCAGGAGGAAGGGCUGCAAGAGAAAGCAUCUGCUGGGCUAACAGGCUGUAAAGUGCCUGAGGGAGGUGAAGCCCAGGAGGUGGCACCAGAGGAGACGGAUGUGCAAAGCCUAGUGGGAGGCUUAAAGCCACAUAGCCUGGGACGGGACAUUCAUGGGGCUGAGGAGCCCAGAGGGAGCCCAGACAUCUGCACACCAGUGGAGGGGCUCUCAGGAAGGACUGGAGCAGACAACGACAAGGAGGAAAGUGCCAGAGUGGUUCUUCAGAUGGAAGACAUAAAGACCAAGUCACUUCCAUCAGCUGUGCCUUGGCAGGGCCACCCUCACACCACUGUGGGGUCAGGGGGGGAUGAACCUGUCCCUGUGCCUGUUCCCCAGCAAUCCAGCCCUGUCCCUGCAGAGCCAGCCCUGGGUGCUGAGCCUGUGGGCAGAGACUUGUCCCAGAGCACCAGCCCUGUGAGAGCUGUGGGCAUACCCACAGGUGGGGACCCUUCAGCAGAGGUGGCAUGCAAGGAGGCAAGUCCUGUAGAAGGCAAAGGAGCACCCAAGGACAUGAGCCCUGUAGCAGAGGUGGCAAGACCCAGGGGUGUCAAUCCUGAAUCUGAAGAACGACCCCAAGGCGUGAGCUUUGCUACAUGGAAACCACACCAAGGUGCAAGUCCUGCUGCAGAAGGAUCACCCCAAAACACAGAUGCUACAGCAAAGAUGAUCCAGGUCAGAGACCCAGCCACUGGGGAGGUGGCCCAGGACACAGAUGCUGCCACAGGAAAGGCAACCCAGAGCAAAGUCCCUGCCACAGAAGAGCCACUCCAGGAAGAGAAGCCCAUGAGAAAAGAGCUCUCCCAGGACUCAGGACUUACAUCAGGGAAGCUGACCAGAGAUGAAAGCUGUGGAAUGGAAGAAUUGUCCCAUGACAAAAGCCAUUGCAUGGAGGAGUUGCCUCCCAAGGCAGAAGAACCAGAACAAGACACUGAGACAAUAACAAAAGACCUGCCCAAAGAGGGUCCCGUGGCUCGAGGGAUACUUCACACUGCAGAUCCCAAAGCACAAGAGCCAUCCUGGGACUCAGAAGCAAGCCCUACAGUAGGAGAAGCCACCAGGGACAAUGAUCUUGCUCUGGGCCAGCCACUGCAGGAUAAGGCUUCUCCCAAAGAAACUGCUGAUGUCCCACACUUCGAUGCCCCUGUAGUAGGGUUGUGUCAAGGAAGCAAGACAUGCCAGCUCUCCACCUUGAUCUGUAAAGGCAGGAGAGAGCUGCCAGUGAGCAGUGGGACCCAUCAAAUAGAGUCUGGGUCAUUGAUGUGCACAUCUGGGAUGACUGGAGUAGUGUCGCAGGAGCAUGGAGUUGUCACUGUGGCCCCAGGUAGCUGGCAGGACAGUGAGAGCUACAGGAAAACCUCAGUGGCCUCUAAGAUAAGGAUGUUUGAGCAAAGUGAAGUGGAGCAAAGGGCAGCCCAGGAGGGACAAGCAUGUGUGCCUGAAGCUGAGGCAUCAGAAAAAGCAAAGGAGAAGACUGGCCUGGAGCAGGACAUGCUUUGGUACACAGGCUUUGCCUCACCACCAGCAGUGCCUGUCAGUCUGGUGGGACCUGUGUCCAGUGUGAGCUCCUUGGCCCUCAGGCAAGGGGCUGGUUCAGGAGCCUCCUCCCAGCCUCUCCCUCUGAAGGAAGAUGUUUCUGUUGACCUGGAGCACGAAGGAGAAGACAGUGCUGACUUGGCCUCCCCUGACUCUGGCUGUGAACUCACACUGGCAGAAGCCGUGAGCAAAUCUCAGGAACCAAGUGGGGAAGAAAAGGAUUUAGCUGACCCAUCAGUAAAAUCCAUCCUGAAAGAAGAGAAUUUAAAGAGUGCUGGUCCAGUGGUCUUCCAGAGAGCAGGCUUGAGGGAGGGAGCUGAGGAGAAAUCUAAGCCACCUCGGCACAGGGCUCCCGAGAGUGACACCGGCGACGAGGAGCAGGACCAGGAGAAGGACUCGGUCUUUCUGAAGGACAACCACCUGGCUAUCGAACGCAAAUGCUCCAGCAUCACAGUCAGUUCAACCUCCAGCCUGGAAGCAGAGGUAGACUUCACAGUGAUUGGUGACUUCCAUGGCACAGCCUUUGAGGACAUCUCCCGGAGCCUGCCUGAGCUGGACAAGGACAAGAGUGAAACGGAAGAUGAAGGCCUGGUUUCCUUCCAGCAUACUGGCAAAGUAGUUGCUGGAUUGGAAGAAGAUGUCAAGGGCGGGGAGAAGGUCUCCCAGCCCAGCCCAGAUGUCUCCCAGCUAGAGUCAUCAGCCCUGAAAACAGAUGCUGUGACCAAAACGGAUGCUGUGACCGUCAGGUUGGGGCCAGGCACGAAGAAACCUGAAGCAGAUGGCUCCACUCCCCACCAGGUUGGCACCACAGGCACGGUCCAGGUUGAUGGAGGCAGCCCGGGCAGCAGGGAUGCUACAGCCACAGCUCACACUGGCACUGCAGAGACAGCACAGGUGACCUCAGAUCACAGCACCAAGGCUGGGAAAGGGGCCAUUCCCACCACAGACCUUCGCUCCCUCUCACCGAUCACCAGCAGCUCUGCUGGGAAAGAAAUGCUCACCAGCAUCUUCAGUGCCACUGCAGAAACCCUCUCGACUUCCACCACUACCCACGUUACCAAGACUGUGAAAGGAGGGUUUUCAGAGACCCGGAUAGAGAAGCGCAUCAUUAUCACAGGGGAUGAAGACGUGGACCAGGACCAGGCACUGGCUUUAGCAAUCAAAGAGGCAAAACUACAGCAUCCCGAUAUGCUGGUAACCAAAGCUGUGGUAUACAGAGAAACAGAACCUUCUCCAGAGGAAAGAGACAAGAAACCUCAGGAAUCUUGACCAACAUGUUCAUGGAAGUUGGCAUCUGGAUUCAAACGUGGAAAACAGCAGAGAAGGAGCCUUCAUGCUGGAUUUGUCAGCAAGACAUAGACAUCCUGGCUGCAGCAUUCAUGGCAAGAGACAAAAAUUUUAAAAAAGGAAUAGCAAAUAUGUAUAUUAUAUAUAUAUAUAUAUACACAUACAUACAUAUAUAUAUAUAUAAACAGGAAAUAAAAUGCAUCCAUGCACUGCUGCUAUAUGCUGGAAAUGAAUAGCAAACAACACCACCAACAAACAAAGCCAACCCUCUUUGCAGAUAAAUUGAAGAAUUUACUGGAUUGGAGAUCAAAUAAGAUUUAAAAAAAUAAUAACAACAAUAAUAUUGUUAACAAUACAAUAAGCCACCAUCUUGCAUGUUACAUUAAAGGAUACACAAUCAUGAGUUCAUUUGUUGCACACUGAAUGGAAAGGAAAACUGCUUUGCAACAAAGCAAGGAAUAAGCAAACUGAAACAACAAACCACAAGCAGAAGCAAAACCAUUCCCCUCCUCUGGAAGGAAGAGAGAAAAACAGUGAAUUUAUUACCUUAGAGUUAUUUUCCAGUUCACAAGUGUGGUUUUGCCCUUCUCCUCAUUCCAUGCUGGGUUUUUGCAUCUUUUUUUGGGUUCUGUUAACUUCUCCCUUCUGUUCCUUAUCUUCUACUCUGUGCACUUGUUCAACUUCUUGUCCUCUGAAGGUAUUUAAGAAUGGAUUUAAUUUCAAACAACAACAACAAAAAGAUAUGUAUAUGGUUUCUCAUUUAUAAAAAAGCAGCCUGUAGGGGUUUCAUAUGGAUGUGCAUUUAAAUUAUGUAUAUUAUUAUAUCUAAUGAGGGG